UGGUGACGUUCAGUCAAAAUGCGAGUUCGCUUGCUUGUUUGCGCGCUUUGCAUCUCUUCCAAAAUAUUACUCUAUAGUGUCAUAGUUUAUCGAUUCUUACUACAUUCUUAAUGUGGUUUAUAUAGGACCUCCCACCUAUGCUCAGUUAAGAUGAAGGCUUCUAGCAUUGCUUAACAAGCACUAUUUUUCCUCGGGGCACUAUGGUUGGAAUUCCAAAGAGCAAAGGUUGCCAGCUCUGCAGGAGUCGAAGCGUCAAGUGUGACGAGACUCGGCCAAGCUGUUUGCAAUGUACCAAAGGAGGCCGCGAAUGCCCUGGCUAUUCACGUGAAACGAAGUUUGUCGACGAAGCUCUACGUCUUCGGUGGAAAGUCUCUCAACCCUCUUCUGGCAAACCAACCUGCAUAAAGACACGUGGUACUCUUAAGCCUCCUUCAUUCAAAUCAGGAAGUUUGGAACUGGCCCAGACUGUGUCUUGCUGCAUUAGCGAGCUUUUCCCACUCCACCAUAUGACGUUGCAACUCUCAAUUCUCGGUAGCUGGCUUUGGUAUGUGCCAAAACGACUGGGAAACAACAUGGUUCUCGAUUCUGCUGCGAGAGCCCUAUCAUUGGCACAUUUUGCCCGACUUUCAAUGCAGGAAGCCGCAACGAUUAAUAGCUUAGAAUCAUACUCUCAAGCUUUGACUAGUCUCUCAAAAGCACUCAAUCGGCCGGACACGAGAUACUCCUCGGAGAUCGUGGCCGCGACGAUGCUUCUUGGGCUUUUUGAGAGUUUUGUAGGCAUGGAAAACACAUCUUGGAUCAAACACGCAGGUGGCACGGGAGCUUUGCUGCAAGUGCGAGGUGCCCACCUCCACGAAUCUGAAUUUGAUUAUUACAUGUUCCUUGCAUGCCGUGGUCCCAUUAUUUCAGGAGCUCUGAUGUCUGGGACAUCUUGCUAUUUGGACAGUCCUGAAUGGAUGGCUCUCUCAGCCUACAACAGUAAACUCUUCCCGUCCAAGCGCAAAUCGUUUCAACAAUAUGGACUGGAUCCGAGACCAAAUGAAAAUGUUUUCGUAAGUUGAAGGUAGUUGAACAUUGUAAUAUUUCUAUCUCAAGUGUAUGACAAGACUUUGCGACAUAAGGCGCCUCCAACUUGUCGAUCUCCUUUUUCGUCAAGGUCACCUUUGUUGCACCGACAAUCUCAUCAAUGCGCUCCUUCGAAUUCAAACCUACAAUUGGAUUCACGCCUUUGUGAAGGCACCAGGCUGCUGCGACUGUCGCCAUCGAGAGGCUUCUCGCCUUUGCUACCUCUUCAACCGCCUUGACAAUAGCUUCGUCAACUUUAUUGUCUUUGUCGAAUAGCCUGGCAAGGGUGGCAUCAUGCUCCUCUCGCAACGUAUUGGGA